UAAAAUAAAAAGCGCGCCUUCUGAGAAAGCCUGUCCGUUCUUUUUACUGUAGGGAGAGAAAGCCAAAGCCUCCCUGUGAUUGAUGUGGAGAGAGAGAGGAGGCUUGCUCUUCCCCCCAAAUCUUUCUCAGAGAUCUCUCAACCCAGCUCUCGUUCCUCGCAAUUCCUUUCUAUUUUAUUCCUGCUAGUAGAUUUUUAGUGGGAAUUGGGGUGGAGGGGGUUGGUGGUGGUGCUCGUUGGGUCCUGGAAUGGCGGCUCCACAUGCGGGUGGAGGUCGGCUUCUGAGACGCUGAGUUGGGUUUCAUCACAAGCAGGUCUCAAGAUUUCUCUUGACUUGCGACAUUCCUGGAAUUAUUGUGGGGAAGUAGCACAAGCCCUCACUGUGAUUUUGCCAAUAGUUGUAUAUGCUGAAAAGGCGUUGGACAUUGAUUAUUUUCUUUCUUCACUCGAAGGACCAUGAAGUUCAGGUCAAAGAAGGGUUGGAAAUCUCUCAUGCCUCUUCGCUUGGGUAGGAAAUCUGCCACCCGUUUCUGUUUGUUUCCCAAGGUCCGCUCUGCCAGCCAAACACCAGGAAAUGCACCAGUUUAUCUGAAUGUCUAUGAUUUGACACCCAUGAAUGGCUAUGUUUAUUGGGCAGGCCUUGGGAUUUAUCACACAGGGGUUGAAGUUCAUGGUGUGGAAUAUGCAUUUGGGGCACAUGACUAUCCAACAAGUGGGGUCUUUGAGGUUGAGCCUCGGCAAUGUCCAGGCUUCAGGUUUAGAAAAUCAAUAUUCAUGGGUACAACCUGCUUAGACCCAUUGCAGGUUAGAGAGUUUAUGGAGCUUCAUUCUGUAAACUACCAUGGAGAUACAUAUCAUUUGAUUGUUAAGAACUGCAACCAUUUCUGCAAGGACAUUUGUUAUAAGUUGACUGGUAACAAAAUUCCAAAAUGGGUGAAUCGACUUGCCAGGAUAGGCGCUGUCUGCAACUGCUUACUGCCUGAGGCCCUUAAGAUUUCUGCUGUUCGUCAUGAUCCAGAUUCCCAAGCCGAGGAUGGCGAGAAAAGGAGUCUGAGAAGUGCCUUCAGCUGCCUAUCUUCAAUCUCUACGUGUCAGAGGCAGUUGUCAGCAUCCUCUCUUUUCUUGCCUUCUCCCCUAAAAGGGUGCCUUCCACCAUGGGAGUUUAAAAGGUCUGGCGCCAUCCUGUUGAAGGAGAGUUGACAGAAGUUCUAGAUUGUUGAUUGUUUCCAACAAAAAUCAGCAAAUGCAUAUCAGACAUCUUUUUCCAGUGGAUAGGCUUUGAUGAGUUUGUGAGCCGGGGUAUGACAUUAUGGCAAUACAAAACAAGAUAUAAGCGUUUCCAGAAAAGUUGCCACAGGGAAGGGCUAUGGAAAAAAUGUUGUUUGAUGCUAUAUGGACAGUAUUUUAGUUUUUAUAUGAUUUUGUUUAGGCUGGUGUACUGAGUGACGACUGUCUUCUGUAACUCUGUAUUUGUCUGAUGAUUUUUCUUUUGCAAUGCUGUCAUACUGUCAUGGCAGGGGUGGUAACCCAUUUAUGACAUGCUGUUGUUCUCAUUUUCCUGAAAUACUGACGCUUGAUAAACUCAUGUUGCCCUGUAGCUCGGUGUUCUACUGAUGUAUUUUUCACUCAAGUCUUUGAGAUGCUGUAAUGUUGCACCAGGGACAAAUGCCAAAUGUAUGGUAUGAACUACUGUUUACAAUUUUUUUCCGGGAUUCUAUUGUUUGAUGAGCUGUCUUAUAAUUUGAA